GUACCCAUACAUACAUACAUAGUACAUAUACAUACAUACAUAUAGAAAGUCGUUUGCUUACAAAAAUGUUAACAAAUGUGGUUAAUGUCUCUACUGGUAGUUAUGCUGUACUCAUUAUGCUGAUUUUUAACAAAAUUAAAUAUAAAUUUGCAUUAUAUUUGUAUGCCAUAAGCAAAAGAAAAACGAAAACAAACAACAAAAUUGCGAAUGUUUCAUUUAGUAUGCAAAUGGCGUGAAGAAACUCAAGUCAAGGAGAUCAAGUUUUUGUUAUUUUAUGGGAGGAAAGUGUGCGGGCUUUUCACUUUUAGUGCAAAAAACAAAUUUUUUAACGCUUGCAGGUGUCAUUUAUUUGCUUAUAUACACAGUUAUGUAGACUAAAAUGAAAUAGGUUGGUCAAAGCAUGGAGAAAAGUGCUCAGCUGAUGUGUUGUUGUAUUUUUAAUAUAUUAAUAGGAAAAAUUCUUACAGUAGGUGAGGUCACUGUGAUUAUUUUCAAAGUACAGAGCCGCAAAAAAAUCCUUAAGUCGCUAGCCAGCUGCCGGAGGAGAUAAAAAACAUUGUUAUCAACUUAAAAGGCAAUUGGCCGAUCGAGAGCGACCCUUGCGCAGCUUCGUUCUGUAUACGGUAGCAGAUUAAGUAGGAGUUUAAUUAUCCAGAAUAGAGCCCGAGAUAUCAGACAUCCACCGAACGACAUUAAAACCUUCAUCGACUGUCUUUCAGUGAAUGUCGUACUUGCAGAUGAAUAGCUUGAGUUGUCUUACGAAUCUGGAUAUUGUAGCAGGCUGAACUGCUACCUAUCCGAAAUCGACACCAACAUUCCCAAUAUGCAUAUGCCCUGCAUACAAUGAGUCGCCGCAUACCACUAACCACCUCUCUGCAAGCCCAAUGAAUCCAUUCAUCUUACACUCCUCUCCAUAUGGUUCGAUCCCGUCGAAACAGCAUUUUUCCAUGGUCCUCCGUUAGAUGAUUUCGGUUACAAUUACAAUUUCUUCUGCUACGCAAACAAAAAAUUCGCAAUUCCGGACUGAGUUCCAUUAGUUUCGCGAAAGCUCAGUUUACUAUAAGAUAUGAUAGUCCUGCUAACCAAGACCUCACCUUUAACUACAAAUCUACAAUAUACACAAAAUGCUUUCCAUUUCUUUGAACCCUAAAUCCUGUCUCGUUCACUAACCAUAUUUUUCUAAUCCAACUCUUUUAAAUCAGGAUCCAGGAACCUGAAUUUACCGUAAUAAGUAUGUCAAAAAUCUAAAUUGCUGCUAAGCAGUGCUCGAAUAGCAGUUACCAAUGUUGAGCUAACCGCGAUAAAAGUCGUUUUUGAAGACUAUUGCAUCGGUAAUUGCCCUUGGUCUGCUUGUUUUUAUAGCACUACCUAUCACGAUAAGUGCACACGAACCGUUCGUACUUUCAACCCUGUCACUACCUGUGUUUAGUUGUACCAUUAGGUUGCCUAGGAAACCUAAUAAGCCGCACAAACUCAUUACCAAAAGCAGACAAACACAAAUCGAAGCAUUCUGGUGACUUUCACGUGUAGCAAAUCAAAUUUUAUAAAAAAAAUAAGAAAUAGAUAAUAAUGAGUGGUCGUCUCACACAAACCGGAAAGAAGAAAUCCAAAGAAAAUCGUCGGAAGAGCUCUAAACCAGUGAACCGUACCAAAACCAAACGUUGCAAGUCACGACCAACUCGCGAAUACCAGGAAAAUGAGCGCGAGGUACAAGCUUUAUUGGAGAACACAAGUCUGUCUAUCGAUAACAGUCCACAGAGUCAUCGAAAAGAUGAGCUAACGUUGAGUCUGGAUUUUUUUUGUCGCACCAGCGAGGAAGAACUCCCAACAGCCGGGAGCUCUGCGCAACAUAAGAAGCUACUGAAGAGCGAAAAUAUUGAAGAAACUAGUUUAGACAAUGGCAGCGAGAGGACUGAAGAGGACGACGAGCAGCAGGAAGAGUUUACAACUGCUGACGAGGAAGAUGAGAAUGCGUCUGAGGGCAGCGAACAAACUGUUUCACCGACCUCCACACAGCAACGCGAGCAAACCGCUUCCACCUACAUACAAGUCGAUGAAGAUGAUGUGGUCGUGCAACGGAUUGAGUGUGAAAAGUUCAUACCAGACGCAAGUUUGCUUUUCAAGCCACAGGCGAAACUCACGUCGGAAGUCGCCUUGGCUGUCAGUAGUCUUGAGAAUCUGGAUAGUAGAGGAAAGCCGCAAGCACUAAGUGCCAAUAUCUGUCGUAUGCUGAAUCGGCAUCAAGCAGAGCAGCGUGCGAGAGAUGAACCCAUCUCUAAAGCAGUUGUGGAACAACUAAAGCUUACCAAUUCAACGUGGUCGUCAUAUACGAAGGAUCGUACACUUUACCGCAGCUUUUGCGCACAUAAAUUUCAUCCGGUAUUUUGUGUACCGACACGUCAACCGGACGAGAUACCCACAAGGAAAUUUGUGCGCAUCUACAUGAAGGAGCUGCUCUUCACAGCUCAUCCGCAUUUGUUGGAGGAACAUCGACUCUCUAACGCCUUGGAAGAACUCCAUGAGAAUUAUGUGCAGCGGCAACAGCAACGUAUUUGUGAAAAGCUGCGCGCACAACUGCAGACCGAGCGUCGCGUGGUCAAUGAGCUGUUGCUGCGUGAGUCAAGGAACAGCGCCGAACAGGAGUCGGCGCGUACAAUUGAGCGACGAGCGCGACAACUGGAAAAUCAGUUGCUGAACGUGCGUGCGCUACGCAACAGGCUUUAUGAGGAGGAGGCGCAUUCCAAGCAGCUGCUCAAAGAAAUACUAGACACUUGGAAGCGUCUCAAGCAACUACGUAAGACACAAGAUUACCAAUGUACGCGUUUCAAACUGCGCAUUCACGUGGAGUAUGCGGCAAAUACGGCCGCGGAAGCACAACGCUGGGCUGAGCGCUUCAGGACUGACUUGAAUGAAAUUUACCGCGAGGAGUUGGAGAUUUAUUAUCGCGCCAAACGUCUGUGGAAGGCGCGCGAUCGCAAGGCGGGUAUAACCGAGCUGCCAAUUAAGCCACGUAAACCGGAUAUCACACAGCUGUCGACGGAAUUGCGCGCCAAGUUAGCCGAGUGUCUGGGUGCGCAAGGCGAACCGAAGAUCAAUGUACAACUACAUCGUGUAUGUGAGGGCGAGUUUUACAACCUGCCCGGUUUGAAACGACUAAAAAGUUUCUACAUGAAAAUUUACUUCGAUGGCGAGUUUGUGAGCGCGACGCGCAGUUAUCGCAUCGAACCCGAUUUACGUAUACCGAUGAACGAGGUAUUUGGCAUCUUUUUGGAGCGGCGCGUGCCAAAGGAUAUAAGAGUAACGCUCUACGAAAAAUUCCGUCUGCACUCAGCGCGCAAAGUCGUCGAUAUAGCGGUGCCUAUACCGCACGCGCUGCACACGGCCGACACCGAGCAGCAACGCAUAUGCUUUACAGCGCAAAAAUCAUUAAACGUCAGUGGGCGUCUCACCAUACGCUUUCAAUGUGAGGAACAAGUGGACUUGAGCGCACACUGGUAUGUGCCAACUGCCGCCAACACCAGUCCCACCGGCUCGCUGCAAAGCUCACCCACGAGUCAAGCAAUUGCGCGAGAGCCCCUUGCCGAAAAAUUAUUAGCGCAAUUGGAUGACAAUGCACAGCACGCUGAUGACGACGAAAUAGCAAGUGAGUCGGCUGAACCCGAUAAACCGGCAGCGACGUCAUUUAACACGUGUACCUUCGAAGAGGACUUGUUGCAUUUUUGCCCUAUCGAAGAUUUGAAGCAUAACCGACGCUUUAAGCUGCUGCGCUCACGUUACUUGAAAAAUGAUCCGCGCACGCGCGAUUUGCGCUUUAUUCCAGCGCUUGACAAUGAGCUCGAAUUCGAUUGGUCCGAUAAGGAGGAGGCGGUCAUUGAAGCGGGCGAUUGGAUGGAUCCGAUAGAUUUGCAUAAGCAUGAGGGCAAAAAGUAUCUGAAGCAACUGUACGAAGCGUUACGUAGCCAGUGUGCGCGUUUGAGCAUUGCUGCGGCCAGCGCCGAAGAGUUGCUGAUCGGCGAUGUGCCUGCCAGUUGGAGCACAUUCUUUCAGGUUUUAAGUUUGAUCUUCAAUCCCAGACGUACAUUGAGCGCGCCACCCACUCCGUCAACUACGUCACGUGCGCACGUACUGGAUAUGGAUGCUAGUGAAAACUACAAGAUUGUUCUGAAUAUCGUACGCGCUACCGGCAUACCAGUGCGUAUACCAAGCACGACGGAUAACGAGAGUAAGGAACGCAGCAAUGAGAGCCCGAACAUGUUCGUGACGCAGCUUUAUAAAUACUCCAACGUGCGUCCGUUCAUAGUACUAAGUUACAGAGAUAAAUUUUGUCGCUCGCUAACCGUAGAGGGCUCAAAUCCGACAUGGAAUGAGCAACUCAUCUUGCAGUUCAGUGGCAGCUUGACGGAUCUGCGCGACGAUCUCAAAAUCUCACUCUUCGACGAAGUGAUCGAGAAUCAUCUUAACGAUGAACUCAGCGUGCGCAGCAUGGAUAUUUAUCAGCGCGUGCAAACUAAUUGGCUGGGUGAAUACCGGUUUCCCUUGCACACACUGCUCUCACAACAAAAGCUUGAUGGCGUAAUCGAGUUGAAGACACCCAAAGUGCUGCUUGGCUACAAACAACCAACUCUGGAGCACAUAACCGCACAAGCUGACGUGAAUAUAUCUAUUGAACAAUUUCCGGAAAUAAAAGAAACGGUGCGCCUUUGGUUCUACAUGAGCAUUGAGCCGCACGUGACACUGCCACACAUCAAUACCGCUAGCUUGGAAUGUGCCGAAUUGAAGGACGUGCGACAGCAGCUGCUACAGUGGUCGCUGCAAGCGCAAGAGCUGCAUCCCGCACGUUAUAUUGAACCGUUAGUUUGCACGGCAGAGGGUAAACGCGUUUGUUUAACGCGUCUCUUGGAACCGGUGCCACUGCCGUUGGAAUUGAACGAACAGAAGUUCGAAUUGGCUUGCCGUUUCGUCGCACUCUUGAAUGUAUUGAAGACCUACGACCCGUGCAUGCGCUUCGAUGGCAUUUGGCUAAAUAACCAAUGUGUGUUGGAUACCAAUUGGUGUACGUUGAAGGAUCUUGGCGUUUUGUUGUGUAAUUUUCUCCUCGGCAUUGGUGUUAAUUGUUGGCUCGUGCUCGGUCAUGCCACAGCGUAUGGCGAGUGUGCUUUUGUUCUGUAUAGAAGUGAUGAAGGUGAACUCAUGCUUAUCGAUCCUCAGACGGGCAAACGUUCCGGCACAAGGGAUGUCUUCUGUCCGCUCUACAAGAUAUGCAUGGUGGUGGCGCAGGACAAUUUAUACGCCAACAUUCAAUCUGAAACGCGUGUCACAAUGACGAAUUUCAAUUUGAACGACACAUCCUGUUGGCUGCCCGCCUUCACGAAACGCAAUCCUGCCCCGUUGGGCGGUGUACAAAAACUGGAUUACACUUACCAGCUCGCCUUCAAUACAUUCGAGCUGAGACGCAACAUUGAGCGAAAGAUAAUGAAGAAAAUCAAUUCGUGGCGCGCUAUGCGUAAGACCAUUUGGAAUCGCGCCUUUCAGCCACGCCUGCAAAGCAUUCUUCAAGACUUAGAACAACUAAGUAUUUCCGAUAAUGGAUCGUACACCGAAGCUAAGUACACCGAGCAAGUAGCGGCUGAAUUUCCAAACUAUAAGAUCUAUGGCUUUGCACUUAACUUUCCCUAUACAAAUCUCACAUCGAUUUCUGAACGCAUAAAGUCCACUGGCAUACAUUUAAAUUCGGAUAAGCGUGUUGAGUUUUGCUUGGCGACGCAUAUACACAUCUAUCCAAAUGAUGUGCUCUCUGUGUGGAUAUUUCUGAUAUCAUUGAUACCUAACGGGUUUAAUUAAGGGUUAAGGGAGCUUCAUUGAAACAUUUAAUGUGCGUAAAUAUUAUCUAUGUAUGUAAAGCAUUUGUUUUCAAUAAUAACUCUAUUAAUUUUAAGCACACAAUUGUUACUAAAUUAUAUCAGAAAUGAGUUCGCAAAAAUCGCUUGUAUCCUACAUUAUCUAUAAAAAAAAUGAUUUCUCAUUGCAGCCGAUAAGGCCUUCGCCAUAAAAAUGAUUCAGGGAACACCUUAGGCUGACAUAAUCAUACAAACAUAGCACCAUACCUAUGUAAGACAAACGUGUGCACAUAUUCUUAUAUAAUAAUAAAUAUAUAUAAAACUAGGUACACAUAUGUAUAUAUACAUUCAUAAAAGUUAUGCUAUAAACUAUAUGAGCCACCUUGAUCUAUCGAUAACGCCGCUGGCAUGGUUUUGUCUUUAUUUUCUUUUAUUAAAAAAACGAUGCGCACCAGAAGCCGGUAAUCGAGGUACACGUGCACUUAUAGAAAGAAUUUCGAUAAGUUCAGGAGUUGUUUUUCGCAAUGUAGUUAAUAAACAAUUGACAGUUGGUUUCUAAAAGGGCGCGUGCUAACAACACACUAAAUUAACGCUUUGUUACAAAAUUCUAAACACUUGACGGGACGGGAAUAUAAGGCACUAAAGCAGUACGAAAUUUAGUGAAAAUAGCUGACAAGGCAAACUCCACAAAUUUUAUUUAUACACUAAUUAAGCGGCAGCGAAAUCGAAAAUCGUUAUUUUCCUGCGCUUAACUAACGUGAUUUUAAAGAGCUUCGUAAU